ACAUUUUAAUAGCACACACACACACACACACACACACACACACACACACACACACACACACACACACACACACACACACACACACACACACACACACACACACACACACACACACACACACACACACACACACACCUUUUGCCUUAGUCUUCAGACACUUCCUCCCGCCUUCAAACGCUCCUCAGAGUCAUGUGAAGAGCUGUGCGUUCAGUCCAUCGGGCUCUUUGUGCUGGUCCUCAUCAUGGAUUUCUCUCUCCACCUUCUGACUCUGCUCUCUCUUCUCCCUCAGUCCACAGGUAGGAUCAAAUCUGUUUCUAGCCUAGUCUACACACUCAGCACACACUGAGCAUUAAGUGCUAUUUUGCAUAAAUACCAGGACCUGAAUUUAGUUUAAAUACAUGUUAAACAUAUGUAACCAACCAUUCACCACCACUGUUUCAUCUACAAAACUAGAAACUAGAUCAAAUGCAUCAAAAUAAUUUGCUGUAGCAACAGCUCAAAGUGGAAACACAACAUAUUUACAUUUUUAAUUUGAAGCAGCACAUCUUUCAACCUUUCAUAAAGUAUUUGCUUCUUCAUUUUUGGCAGCUCAUCUAAAUGGUUCCUUUUUUCAAAACAGCUUUAAUUUAGCAUAAGUGUCAAAAAGUCACAGGGACGAACUGACGCAGUUCACAAACCACCGUAAAUAUUUACUAAUGCGCUAAAAUAAUGAACAGAUUUACUCUUUGUUUUAUUAUUUAUAAGAGCAAAAAUGUUUAAGUCUUAAAACAGCAGCAUUGGUUUAAAAUCCUCUGCUGCUCAGGUUGACACAGGUGUAGGCUCCAGGUGGAGCGAAGCCGGCCUCCACCGGCGUUGUUCUCACCUGGUGAGAACCGCUGUCUCGCCGCAGAGCGGAGGAUCGUGGGGGGCAGCGGUUCUCACCCCUGAGAACAAAGCACAGGUGGAGGCCGGCUCGGUGAGAACCGCCGUCCUCUUUCAGACAAGGGGAUUGUGGGUGACAGCGGGGUUAAUCUGCUUUCAUAUGCCGCUAACUGGUCCUGUAUAGAGCCUUUCAUUCCCACCACAGACGGGCAAUACAACACAAAACCACAGCACAAUGCGACUUCAUCAGAGCCUGAUGGGUGCAUGGAUGCUCAGUGCAGCUGAAGGUUCUCUGAGCCACACAUCACUUUGCUAAUCAGUGUCCGCACAGCACUCAACUAGUGGCGACCGUACACGACAAUGCAUGAUAACAACAAGAAGAAAUGACUGUUAUGCAUCAUGUAAGUCAGACCAAAUGCUCUCUGUGCAGCUCUGUGGUGUUACCAGAGCCAGUUCUCCUGUGAUGACACAUGCAGAGGUAAGAGCAGACAGAAAGCCUCCAAGUAUUUUACAAGACAAAUCCAAUAUUGAGAGAAGAAAGCGUCAAAGCUGCUACCCCAGCCGCUGGGCAGCUCAGUUUCCCAGCUGUGGAGGAUUACGCCAGUCCCCAAUUAACAUUGUCACCAGCAAAGUGCGAGUGAACAGCGCCCUGCCGCCUUUCAGCUUCAUUGGCCACAGCGACAGAGUCAACGUCACGGUGCAAAACAAAGGCCACUCGGCUCACUUUGCUUUGCCGCCAUCGGUCCAGCUGACGGGAGGAGGUCUGACCGGUCACUACAGAGCCGCACAGUUCCACUUCCACUGGGGAGGAGACAGGAGGCCGGGCUCAGAGCACACCAUCGACGGAGAGAGGUUCCCCAUGGAGCUCCACAUAGUCCACAUCAAGGCCCCGUACAGCUCCCUGGCAGAGGCAGAACAUGACAUGGCAGGUAUAGCUUUGCUCGCCUUCCUGUUUGAGGAAUCGACAGACGAUCAUCCUCAUCUGGACACAGUGAUCGCUGCUUUGGGCCGGGUACAAAACAACGGCAGCAGCACGGUCAUAAGCAGCUUUCGCCUCAGGGACGUGGUCCCGCCUGCAGACAGCCUCCACGGUUACUAUCGCUACGUGGGCUCCAUGACGACGCCCGGAUGCGAGCAGGCAGUGGCCUGGACCGUUUUCCACAGGAAGCUGUCCAUCAGCAGUCGCCAGCUGGACGCGAUUAUCCGUCAGUGUCGGUUCUGGACGGGGCAGCCCAUGACCGACACCUUCAGACCCACGCAGCCUCUCGACGGCAGGAUCGUGUACUGCUCCAUGUCGGGUGCAGCUCAGACGCCUGUGGUCCACGUGUGGCUGUGCGUUUUCUUAGUGGUGUUUUGGUCAGUGAUGAACUCACACAUGACAAGCACCGGGUUCAUGGGAGAAGAGCUCCAGGACGUGUAAAGGCAACUUCAAUUAAAGACAUUUGUUCUUGCACAUAAACGAUGAUUAGUUCAAUUCAUGGUUGCUGUUGUUUUUUGCAGUUUAAGCAUUGUAGUGGAUUCUGUAGAACGCAUAUACUCACACCUAAUAUUUACUUUAAUGUGAAUCAGAACACCGCAUUUAAUGUUGUGAUGGUUUCAUCACUUUGCUUUAUCGUGGAUCAUAACUGAAUUUUUAAUUUUUAGAAGAAGAACUGGUUAGAAUGAGAUUUUGCUAGUCAAAUGUAUGAUUCGAUAUGAGCACUCAAAAAAACAUCACUUUUCUCUAAAAAUUGUUAGUAAAUAGAAAUGACAUGUUUUUUCAGCUAUAUGUUUUUAUCCAGGGGUGAGUUUUGACAAAUUACGCACAAACUGUCAGUAACAAUGAAAUCGCUGUAUAUUAUUAAAUAACUGUUGUAGAUGUUAUAACAGUAAAAUAUGACCUGCACCUUUAAUCCAUCCAGGCCAUAAAACCAA